AUGUCGAAACGGACCUUGGACUCGUUUUUCAAGCCAUCGACUCCGAAACGACCCAAAAUCGAGACCGAAACCGAACCAACCGACGCUAAUGCAGAUGCAAAACCACCGAGCCAACAUCCCAGCUAUCCAAUCCCAAUCCCACAACUCCCCGAGCAUAUCGAAGUAAGCCUCGAGCAUGGAACGCCAUUCAAACAAGGCCAAGGAAUAAAUAACCAACCGCACCUCGACCUUGUCCAUUUCCAACCUUAUAUUCCGCGCGCAACAGCAAACGAAUUCUUCAAGUUCCUACGUCGCGAACUCCCCUUCUACCGGGUGCGCUACACCGCACGCCGUGGCAACGUCUCAACAGAGAUCAAUACACCACGCUGGACGACGGUCUUCGGUAUCGACGAAACCUCCAUCUUCGAAAAUGGAAGAGCAGUAGAUGUCCGGACGGGAUCCCCCGUCCCGCCAACGAAGUACCAAUGCACGCCGCGUCCGAUCCCAGCAUGCCUAGAGAUAUUGCGCAAGCAAGUCGAAGCGCAUGCGGGGGUCGAGAAAGGGUAUAAUUUCUGCCUUGUGAAUUACUACGCCGGAGGGGACGAUAGUAUAUCAUUCCAUUCCGACGACGAAAGGUUUCUGGGGUCACGGCCAAAUAUUGCUUCACUGUCAUUGGGUGGUGAGCGGGACUUUUUGAUGAAACAUAAGCCUGCACCCGUGACUGGGUCUGCCGAUGCCAAACCGGGCGCUACGGCGGCUGUGGGGCGUCAGAUCAAAAUGAGUCUUGGCUCGGGCGAUAUGGUAAUUAUGCGGGGGGAGACGCAGUCCAAUUGGUUACAUAGUAUCCCCAAGCGGAAGGGCAAUACUGCAGGACGCAUCAAUAUUACCUUCCGGCGGGCUGUAGUGCCUGCGGGGACGAACAAUUAUUAUCAUUACAAUGUUGGCAGUGGAGGGAUGUACAGAUGGGACGAUAUUAGUCGGGAGAUGGUGGAAACAAAAUAG